AUGGCGGAUCCAUUGUCAACUGCUGGAACGGCAGUUGGAAUCGUCUCUCUUGGAAUUCAGGUCACCCAGGCGCUGUUCAAGUACUACAACGAUGUGAAAGACCAGCCGUCCGACACAAGCCGCACGUUGAAGAAGCUCGAGAGGUUGCUCCACUUCCUCGGUCGCCUAGAAUCGCAUUUGGGAUCCAAGAACAGGAACGAGGAACUGGCCGACGGGGUUCGAGACGCGGUCCGUAACUGCGGCGAAUGCGUCGAGGAACUGCAAACCACCGUCGAAAAGUUUGAACAAGCCCCGGACGACCGCUUCCGGACGGCUGUUCGUGCUACAGGUCGCCGAUUGGCGUAUCCCUUCCGGCUCAGCACGCUGCAGAAGCUCGAUGAGGACAUUGACGACGCCGUCAGCCAGUUGUCCCUGGCCCUUGCAUUGCUCCAGCAAGACACUGUUGAUCAUAUCGAGAACGAUGUCGAAGACAUCAAGGCGGUCCUAGCCGCGGUCAGCGCUCGGAUCGUCUCCACCGAGAUCAGAGACUGGCUCAAAGCUCCAGACGCAACAGUCAACUUCAACGAUGCCUGUACCAAGAAACAUCCGGGCACAGGCUUGUGGUUUGUAAAGAGUGGCGUCUUCGACACUUGGAUCAAAGAACGGCAGUCCUUCCUCUGGCUAAAGGGCUUCGCUGGAUGCGGCAAAACGGUCCUUUCGUCGACGGCUAUACAGUAUGCUCGACGACAUCGAAGAUCGGACCCUCACAUCGGGCUGUGUUUCUUUUACUUCACUUUUAACGACGAGAUGAAACAAGACGAAUCUGCCAUGCUCCGCGCGCUUAUUCUUCAGCUUUCAAAUCAGCUUAAAUACACACCUCGAUCCCUGGAGGACCUGCACGAAAACCACAAAAACAGUACGCCGCCGGCAACAGAUCUUCUAGAGUGCCUCCGUCAGAUCGUGGGAAUGUUCGGCGAUGUCCACAUCAUCCUGGAUGCACUAGAUGAGAGCCCUGACCCUAAGUUCCGACGAUCAAUGCUCGGUACCCUCAGAAGAAUGAGAGCUUGGCCAGGAUUGCAUCUUCUGGUGACCAGUCGGGACUUGCCCGAUAUCAGCGAGAGUCUCAAGGCAACACAAGAACAAACUAUCGCCAUGAUGGAGAACGUGGAUGAGGACAUUGCCGCGUUUGUCACCGAAAGGCUACGGGAUGACGAAGAGUUGCAAAAGUUGAAGAAGUAUCAUACGAGAAUCGAGCAGGUGCUGACUGAAAAGGCACAAGGAGUGUAA